AUGAAAAGGUAAAGAUAUAGAAGGAAUGUAACAAUAAAAAGAGAAAUUGUAGAAAAAAAAAAUAAUUUUUGUAAAAGCUUUAUAAAUCUCGAAAGUAAUUAUUUUUUGGAUUAUUUUCUUGGGUAAACCAGAAGCAUAAGUAGUUAUGGUAAUGAAUUUGGAUAGAUGAAUAAAUUCUAGAUUAGAUUCAAAAACAUUUUACCUGAAUAUAAAACUAAAUAAUCAAUUCAUGAGAUGGAAAUGAAGGAAAAAAGAAGAAGAUAAACAUAACUUAUGGAGGAUAUGGCUAUUCUAAAAUUAAGAAAAGGAAUUUAAGAUAUUAGUAAAAGCAAAACAAUAAUAUAAACAUUAAAAAUGUUAAAGACAUCUAAUUAAGAAUGUAAUGAGAGUGCGAAAUAAAUAAAAUAAUCAUAGAGUGAAAGAAGUAAAUAAAAAAAAAAAAGAAGGCAUAGUUGUUAGUGUUCAGAUUGUGGAAAAAUGAGUGAAAAAUAAAUCAGACAUUAAAAUGAUCCAUUUUUUGACAAAUUUAAUAAGUUUUUAUAAUAAAUAAAAAACUCAAGCAGUACAUCAAGAAGGAAUAAAUACUAAAAUAAACUAAAAUCUCAAAUUUAAUAAGAAAACUUGAAAAUAUCAUAUAUUAAUCAAAAUAAGUCGCCUAUCAACAAAUAUAAAUCUGUCUCGAGAACUACUAAAUUGCUUCUAGAGUAAUCUUAAACAAAAAUAUUUCAGCAUAAUUAAAGAUAUUCGGCAUUUCCAUCUCAAAGAGUGAAAACUGAACCAACACAAUCAUCACCUCGAUCUUUUAAAUUGUAUCCAAUUCAACUUAACAAAUUAAGAAAGGGUUAAUCAACAUAUAAAUUGAUUCAUCUUAAAGAUAGUUUCAAAACAUUGGCCAGUAUUUAUAGAUGA